AUGUCGUUUCAGCGGUCUCCUACGGUUAGUACAAACUAUAUGAUACCUGAGGUGCGAAACUUCGAUCAGUUUACUACAAUCGACUGGGUAGAAGAGGAGAGCCUUAAAGAGUUUAAGUCGAGCCUAGACGAUAAUCUAUACCAAUAUGAGGUAGGCUGGCGUCGUUAUGUGAACCUGAUACACAUUUUGUGGAUGCGAGGGCGUUCUUUUAUUACUUUAACAGCUAUCGGUAUUACUGUGGGCUGUCUGGCCGGGUUUAUACAGAUAUUUACGGAAACGUUGGUCAACUGGAAGUCAGGUCAUUGUGCUAGGAACUGGAUGUUAAAUAAGUCGUUCUGCUGUACUCAAAUAUCACAAGAGACAGGAAAAUUGGAUGUUAUAGGUGUUGUUCAAUGUGUAAAAGAUGGUAUGUGGAUAAAUUGGAACAAUUCUAUUAUUGCAUUUUUGAUUUUUACGGUUCUUUCUGUGAUAUUUGCUAUGUUGAGUGCAUUUAUGGUGAAAUUUCUUGCCCCUAUGGCUACUGGUUCAGGUAUUACCGAAAUUAAGGUACAUGUUUCAGGAUUUCAGUACAAAAAGGAAUUCUAUAGUCUUUCUACUUUGGCGGUAAAAGCCAUAGCUUUGCCUUUAGCAAUAUCAUCCGGGCUUAGUGUGGGGAAAGAAGGGCCCUCAGUUCAUUAUGCGACUUGUUGUGGGUACUUAAUCGUCAAAUAUCUACUUCAAAGCACCCUAACAUAUCCCGAGCAAUCCGAAUAUUUAAUUGCAUCUAGUGCGUCUGGUGUUGCAGUUGCUUUUGGAGCACCCAUUGGCGGUGUCUUAUUUGGGCUUGAGGAGAUGUCUACAGCAGCUCAAUUCAAUCUAUCUACACUCUGGAAAUCUUACUAUGUUGCGUUAUGUGGUGUUUCGACUCUACAGUAUAUUAAUCCUUUCCGUAAUGGAAAAAUAGUCUUAUUUGAAGUGACAUACGAUAAGAGCUGGCACGUACAAGAACUUUCAAUUUUUAUCAUACUAGGUAUAUUUGGUGGAUUAUACGGUAACUUCAUAAGUAAAUGGAAUAUUUGGUAUGUGGAGUUCAGAAGGAAAUAUUUAUCUAAGUGGCCACUAUAUGAAGUACUUGUAAUCGCAAUAAUAACGGCCCUGCUAUCAUAUGGUAAUGAGUUUUUACAAACUGAUAUGACAGAAAGCAUGGGACUUCUAUUCCAUGAAUGUCAAGCUUACGAUAACUCUAAAUGGGAUCAUCCACUAUGUCAAAUUGACCAAAAUUCUACUAUGUUUGGAUUCCUGAAGAUUUAUUUUGCUCUAAUUUUUGCAACUGUUAUCCGCGCCGUUGGAAUUGUAGUUUCUUAUGGCUGUAGAAUCCCCGCUGGUAUAUUUGUUCCCUCAAUGGCAGUCGGUGCAACUUUUGGUCGCUCUUUGAGUUUACUUGUGGAAAAAUUUAUCACAGGUUCAAACGUUAUAACCCCUGGCACGUAUGCAUUUUUGGGUUCGGCAGCAGCUCUUAGCGGCAUCACCAAUAUGACACUAACGGUUGUAGUUAUCAUGUUUGAAUUGACCGGUGCAUUCAACUAUAUUAUCCCUACAAUGUUAGUUGUGGCCAUUACCAGAAUAGUUUUUAACGCUUUUGGCACAGAAGGUGGGAUUGCUGAGAAAAUGAUCGCUGUAAAUGGUUUCCCGUAUUUAGCAUUUCCUCAUCAGAACAACGAAUUAUUUUUGAAUGAUUAUUUCGUGGAAGAUAUCAUGACCAGUAGGAUCAUUACAAUUAAGGAAACUAUGCAUUUAUCUGAACUAGAGUUAUUGCUUGAAGAAGUUGGCGAUAGAUACGCCGGAUUCCCCAUUAUUAAAACGGAUAGCCAGGAGGAUAAUGCAGGGAAAUGUAUAGGGUAUGUUUCUUUACAACACAUUAAAGCACAAUUAGGAACGUUUUCUGAUAAUGGAUCAACACUGAAUACAAUUGUUGACUUUACUAAGGACAACAUAUCCAGCGAUGACGAUCAAUUUAUUCAAUUUAAGGAUUUAGUGAACUACACACCUUUCACUGUAAACAGAUCGUUAUCUUUGGCUCGCUUGUAUAAAAUGUUUGAAAAGCUAGGCUGUAACAUUGUCCUGGUAGAGGAGUCCGGAUUUUUAAUUGGCUUGAUUACCAAAAAGGACUUCUUAAGGUUUCAUCGGUCCAAAAACCGUGAACUAUUUGGGCCACUUUAUAAAUUCGAUGGACAUUUGGAUGAUAAAUUAUGGUCAUUGAUCACCACAGCUAUAGACAAACUCAAGUUUAAGAAUAUAUAA